CAGAGCCGGUGGACGUGCUGAAGGCGCUGCAGUUCCAGGCCCAGCCGGCCGGCGUGCGGAAGACGACGGGGCUCUGCCCCGCCAGGCGGACAGGGACGGGGCCGGACGUGGCCUACAGGAUAUCACGGCAGGCACAGAUCAGCGCCCCCACCAGGCAGCUCUUCUCAGGGAAGUUCCCGGAGGAUUUCUCCAUCAUGGCCCUGGUGAAAGCCAAGGCCGGGACCCAGGCGUUCCUGCUCUCCAUGUACGACCAGCACGGCACCCAGCAGCUGGGCGUGGAGCUGGGGCGCUCGCCCGUCUUCCUCUACCAGGACCAGAGCGGCCGGCCCGCCCCCGAGGACUACCCGCUCUUCCGGGGCAUCAACCUCGCUGACGGCAAGUGG